AUGACUACAGACAGGCUGAGGGAUUUGGGCUAUGUGGAGGAUGUAACAUGUUGUUUAUGUAACAGUGAAGAGCAGACAAUUGAUCAUUUGUUUUUUAAAUGUACCUAUUCAUCGAGAGUAUGGACAGCAAUGCUGCAAUGGCAAGGGAUCCAGAGACAACCAAUGAUGUGGGCAAAUGAACUUGAAUGGGCAGGAAAGUACUACAGAGGGAGGAGCACAAUAGCUGAGUUGUAUAAACUUGUGCUGGCAGGAACACUGUAUUACAUAUGGCAAGAGAGGAAUUGCAGGAUCUUCAAAGGAGUGCAACGACCAGAAGUCAUUCUAAGCAGAGCAAAUUACGCAGGAUGUGCAUGGGAGAGGAGAAAGUAA